GAGUGCUGGAAGAGAGACAGGAUUCGGGGGAGUCUUCGACGGCACUGUCCCUUGAGGACGCCUCAUCUUCGUCCCAGGGCAACACCAAGAGGUGUAGGGUAGAUACCAGGAGCCCUGAGGUGUCCCCUAAAAAGACCACUGCCACAACAAUGACCCCACAUGGUACACAUGGAAGAGUGGGAUGCGGCCAAGGCAAGGACCCAGAGGAGAAGCAGGGCUACAUGGAAAGGGAGACAGAACUUGACAGGGCCCGUGCUGUGUCCACCAUCCCAGAAAUGAGCAAUACAGCACUGCUGCCCAGAGGCCCUCUGCCUGUGCUGCCCAGAGGCCCGCUGCCUGUGCUGCCCAGAGGCGUGGUGCCCGUGCUGCCCAGAGGCCUGGUACCCGUGCUGCCCAGCACCGAGCCCUCUGCUCCCCCUGAGCCCCCAGCAGAGUCCUGGUCAACUCUAGCACCCCCAGAGCACCCUGCACCGCCUCUGCACAUCCAGACGGCCUCCAGGUCUGCCUCCAGAGCUGCCCCGGCUUUUCACCCUGCCUCCUGGCCGGCCUCCAGAACUGCCCUGGCCUUUGUCCCUGCCCCCCGGUCGUCCUCCUGA